CGCUGCGCAUGCGCACUGAGGCUUUCCCGCUCACAGCGGUUCUGACGAGGCGGAUCAUUCCCGCGCCUUUAGCUUUCAGUGAAGCAGACCCAAACAGAGAUAAGAGAACAGCUCGGGAAAUAAACACACACUCCAGCCGUUGCUGCCGUUCCUUCAUCUGAGCGACGUGUUCCGCCGUGCGCGCAGCCGCCCUGCUGCUCGUGCCCGCGUUGCGCGCCCGUGUGAUCGUGAGUGCACGCGCGCGUCGUGAGCAGCACGCGACUGUUUCCCGUUUUAACAGCUGUCAUGUCCAAACUGGAGCAGAUUCUGAUCCUCGACCCACCGGGCGACCUCCGCUUCAGAGGACCCUUCACAGAUGUGGUGACCGCUAACCUGAAGCUGAGGAACCCGUCCGACAGAAGAGUAUGCUUCAAAGUGAAGACCACGGCUCCUCGGCGCUACUGCGUGCGUCCCAACAGCGGCCUGAUCGAUCCGGGCGCCUCCGUCACCGUCUCCGUCAUGCUGCAGCCCUUCGACUACGACCCGAACGAGAAGAGCAAGCACAAGUUCAUGGUGCAGUCCAUCCUGGUGCCGGCCGGCGCGAGCGACCUGGAGGCCCUGUGGAAAGAUGCCAAGCCGGACGACCUGAUGGACUCCAAGCUGCGCUGCGUGUUUGAGAUGCCCUCAGACCUGGAGAAGGUGAGCGAGCCGGAGUCGAGCAAAGCCUCGUCAGGAGCCAGAGCCGCCGGGCUGUCCACGGACGACGCGGAGACGAGGAGGCUCCUGGAGGAGAGCAAGAGACUGCAGGCGGAGGUCGGGAAGCUGCUGGAGGAAAACCGCCAGCUCAAGGUUCUUAUUGUGUGGAAGGCUAAUCAGUUCGACAGCUCCGUCUCCAGGUCUUCAGCGGCGAUGCUGAGCAAAGACCCGGCCUCCAGAUCGCUGCCGUCGCUGCUGGUGGUCAUCGCCGCCCUCUUCAUCGGGUUCUUCCUCGGGAAGUUUGUCUUGUAGGGUUCUGCCGGAGCGGAGCGCGUGCUCUUGUUGAUAAGCGUGGCGUCUGCGCAGACGAGCCCCACGGCAGCGGAAAUAAACAUGUCUGUGUACAGGAUCAUUCAAACGGGCCUUGCCUCUCUCUCACACACACACACACACACACACACUCCGAAGCGGGCCGUCUCUCCCUCUUUUCCGCCGUCUGUGGUUCCGGGUGGGUUUCUCUGGGGUCAUUUGUCCGAGCAUCACUAGCCGCCCGAUGAAGGCACUGUGUGUGUAGAGACCUGAAAACAAGCUAACAAUCAAUAAAAGGACGUGUUUCUCUUUCUCUCUGUGGUUUAUUAAGAGUUUAAUGGAGUGUUUUAAGUGUCAUGUACAUGUUCUUUGGAUUCUUUUGAGAAAAGGGGAGGUGAUGCGGACUCGUCACAAACACAAGCCGAUCGUCUCUGGACGCUGACGCUACACACCUUUGUUUUCUCGAAUGUGACGAGGUCCGCUGGGAACGAACGCAAGCCAUUCUGAUCAUUUCAUGGAGUUUUCUUUAUGCAAAUAAUUCUAUAUUCGAUUGUGAGGCAACUUGACUGAAUGGAUCAGGUUUGCAGUCCUGUCCCGUGGUGUGUAACAUGCUGUAAUAAAGAAUCUUUAACACUC